AUGGGAAUUAAGCAGCUCUCAAAGCUGAUAAAGGAAAAGUGUAAAAAAGCUAUCGUUUCUAGAAAAAUGGGUUACUAUUCUUCUACCAAAAUUGCAAUAGAUGCAUCUCUGUGUCUCUACCAAUUUCUCAUUGCAGUAAGAACAGAUGGUGCAAACCUGGGAUACGAAGAUGCAACAACUUCUCAUUUAGUUGGGAUGUUCUACAGAACAAUACGUAUAAUCGAGAGUGGGAUUAUACCUGUGUACGUUUUUGAUGGUAAGGCACCACCCAUUAAAGCUAUUGAGUUGCAGAAAAGAAAUGAGAGAAGGCUGAAAGCUGAAAAGAUGUUAGAGCAAGCCAAGUUAGAAGAAGACAAGAAGGAAAUGGAUAAGCACGAGAAAAGAAAGGUAAAGGUUGAAGAAUCACAUGUGGAUGAUUGCAAAAGGCUUUUUAGGUUGAUGGGAGUACCUUUUGUAACAGCUGAAAGUGAGUCAGAAGCAUAUUGCUCAUUGCUUUGUAAAAGAGGGGUAGUGAAAGCUGUAGCGACAGAAGACAUGGAUGCGCUGUGUUUUGGUGCACCCAUUCUUCUGAGAAAUAUGAAUGCUUCGCAGUCCAAGAAUCUUGACAUUGAUGAGUAUAACCUUGGUACGAUUCUUAAAGAGUUAGAACUGACCAUGGGCUCUUUUAUAGAUUUAUGUAUUCUUAUGGGUUGUGACUAUUGCGAUACAAUAAAAGGUGUAGGGCAUAAAAGGGCAUAUGAUCUCAUAAAGAAGUAUGGGUGUAUUGAGAGCAUAAUUGAAAGUGAAACCCCUGAAGUUCCAGACAAUUUUGAUUAUAAAGCAGCAAGGCUUAUUUUUAAUGAACUGUCAAGUGUUGGAGAAGCAGAAAACUUUGAAAUCAUGUAUGAUCAACUUGACAAAGAAGGCCUUGUACAAUUCUUAGUUAAAGAAAAGGGAUUCGAUGAGGUGAGGGUAACAAAUGGUAUUGAAAAGAUAAUAAAAUCCAGUAAAAGGGGCAAUCAAACUAAGCUGGAUGCAUUUUUUAAGAAAACAUGA